GAACCUGCAUCUGGGGAACAGGAGAAGAAAGUUGAGAUGGCAAACUUGAAAGGGAUUAAUGCUGAUCAGAGUGUUGUGAACGAUGCUUCUCGGGUAGAUCUCCCAGAUGAUGACCAAGCUCAGAGGAAGAAACGAGUGAAAAGAAAUUGGAAGAAAAAGAGAGAAUUAUUUGAUUCCAGUGUAACCAGUUUAGGAUCGAUCAAGGAGGUUGCUUCCUCUUCAUUAUUAGUUGUACAAGAAGCAUAUGUAUCUGCAUGUGGCUGCUCAGAUAAAAUGAAGGGGGUUGGGGAAGUGGUAGCAGAACGUGGCACCUUGAAAGGGAUUAAUACCGAUCAGAGUGUUGUGAACGAUGCUUCUCGGGUAGAUCUCCCAGAUGAUGACCAAGCUCAGAGGAAGAAACGAGUGAAAAGAAAUUGGAAGAAAAAGAGAGAAUUAUUUGAUUCCAGUGUAACCAGUUUAGGAUCGAUCAAGGAGGUUGCUUCCUCUUCAUUAUUAGUUGUACAAGAAGCAUAUGUAUCUGCAUGUGGCUGCUCAGAUAAAAUGAAGGGGGUUGGGGAAGUGGUAGCAGAACGUGGCACCUUGAAAGGGAUUAAUACCGAUCAGAGUGUUGUGAACGAUGCUUCUCGGGUAGAUCUCCCAGAUGAUGACCAAGCUCAGAGGAAGAAACGAGUGAAAAGAAAUUGGAAGAAAAAGAGAGAAUUAUUUGAUUCCAGUGUAACCAGUUUAGGAUCGAUCAAGGAGGUUGCUUCCUCUUCAUUAUUAGUUGUACAAGAAGCAUAUGUAUCUGCAUGUGGCUGCUCAGAUAAAAUGAAGGGGGUUGGGGAAGUGGUAGCAGAACGUGGCACCUUGAAAGGGAUUAAUACCGAUCAGAGUGUUGUGAACGAUGCUUCUCGGGUAGAUCUCCCAGAUGAUGACCAAGCUCAGAGGAAGAAACGAGUGAAAAGAAAUUGGAAGAAAAAGAGAGAAUUAUUUGAUUCCAGUGUAACCAGUUUGGGAUCCAUUGCUUCCCCUUCAUUAUUGGUUGUACAAGAAGCAUCUGCAUCUGCAUCUGCAUCUGGAUGCUCAGAUAAAAUGAUGGGGGUUGGGGAAGUGGUAGCAGAACACAGCACCUCUUUGCUUGUUACAACAGGAGGUAUCUCACUGGAUAAAGCUUCUGAUGAAUGUCCAGAUAGUAAACCUGCAUCUGGGGAACAUGAGAAGAAAGUUGAGUUGGAAAACUUGAAAAGGAUUAAUAAUGAACAGUGUGUUGUGAACGAUGCAUCUCGGGUAGAUUUGCGAGAAUUUUUUUGUGAACAUGGUAACGGGGAUAAGGAUAAGCCACAUGUCAUCCAUAGUGCAGUGCUGGAUGAUGACCAAGCUACUAAACCCAAUCAGAGGAAGAAACAAAAUCGGAGGGAAAAGAGAAAGUUAUCUGAUUCUAGUGUAACCAGUUUAGUAUCCAUCAAGGAGGUUGCUCCCCCCUCAUUACUGGUUGUACAAGACAGUUCUGUGAGAGAGACUUCUUUGAAUCAUUCACAUGAAGCAUAUGCAUCUGGCUGCUCUGAUGAAAUCAUGAGGGUUGGGGAAGUGGUAGCAGAACGUGGCACCUUGAAAGGGAUUAAUACCGAUCAGAGUGUUGUGAACGAUGCUUCUCGGGUAGAUCUCCCAGAUGAUGACCAAGCUCAGAGGAAGAAACGAGUGAGAAGAAAUCGGAGGAAAAGGAGAAAAUUAUUUGAUUCCAGUGUAACCAGUUUGGGAUCUAUCAACAAUGUUGCUUCCCCUUCAUUAUUGGUUGUACAAGAAGCAUCUGCAUCUGCAUCGGCAUCGGCAUCUGGAUGCUCAGAUAAAAUGAUUGGGGUUCGGGAUGUGGUCGCAGAACACGGCACCUCUUUGCUUGUUACAACAGGAGGUAUCUCACUGGAUAAAGCUUCUGGUGAAUGUCCAGAUUGUGUACCUGCAUCUGGGGAACAGGAGAAGAAAGUUGAGAUGGCAAACUUGAGAGCGAUUAAUGCUGAUCAGAGUGUUGUGAACAAUGCUUCUCGGGUAGAUCUCCCAGAUGAUGACCAAGCUCAGAGGAAGAAACGAGUGAAAAGAAAUUGGAAGAAAAAGAGAGAAUUAUUUGAUUCCAGUGUAACCAGUUUGGGAUCCAUUGCUUCCCCUUCAUUAUUGGUUGUACAAGAAGCAUCUGCAUCUGCAUCUGCAUCUGGAUGCUCAGAUAAAAUGAUGGGGGUUGGGGAAGUGGUAGCAGAACACAGCACCUCUUUGCUUGUUACAACAGGAGGUAUCUCACUGGAUAAAGCUUCUGGUGAAUGUCUAGUUUGUGAACCUGCAUCUGGGGAACAGGAGAAGAAAGUUGAGAUGGCAAACUUGAAAGGGAUUAAUGCUGAUCAGAGUGUUGUGAACGAUGCUUCUCGGGUAGAUCUCCCAGAUGAUGACCAAGCUCAGAGGAAGAAACGAGCAAAAAGAAAUUGGAGGACAAAGAGAAAAUUAUUUGAUUCCAGUGUAACCAGUUUAGGAUCGAUCAAGGAGGUUGCUUCCUCUUCAUUAUUAGUUGUACAAGAAGCAUAUGUAUCUGCAUGUGGCUGCUCAGAUAAAAUGAAGGGGGUUGGGGAAGUGGUAGCAGAACGUGGCACCUCUUUGCUUGUUACAACAGGAGGUAUCUCACUGGAUAAAGCUUCUGAUGAAUGUCCAGAUAGUAAACCUGCAUCUGGGGAACAUGAGAAGAAAGUUGAGUUGGAAAACUUGAAAAGGAUUAAUAAUGAACAGUGUGUUGUGAACGAUGCAUCUCGGGUAGAUUUGCGAGAAUUUUUUUGUGAACAUGGUAACGGGGAUAAGGAUAAGCCACAUGUCAUCCAUAGUGCAGUGCUGGAUGAUGACCAAGCUACUAAACCCAAUCAGAGGAAGAAACAAAUUAAAAGCAAUAAGAGGAUAAGGGGAAAAUUCUCUGAUUCCGGAGUAACCAGUUUAGGAUCCAUCAAGGAAGCUGCUUCCCCCUCUGUACUGGUUGUACAAGACAGUUCAGUGAGAGAUACUUCUUUGAAUCAUUCAGAUGAAGCAUAUGCAUCUGGCUGCUCAGAGAAAAUGAUGGGGGUUGGGGAAACGGUAGCAGAACAUGGCACCUCUUUGCUGGUUAGAGGACAUAUCUCGCUGGGUAAAGCUUCUGGUGAAUUUCCAGAUGGUGAACCUGCAUCUGGGGAACAGGAGAGGAAAGUUGAGGUGGAAAACAAUGCCUCUUGGGUAGAUCCCCAGGAAAAUUUUUGUGAACAUGCUAACGGGGAUAAGGAGAAGCCAAAUGUCAUCCAGAAUGCAGUGCUGGAUGAUGACCGAGUUCAGAUUGAUGCUUCUUUUGACGUGGGCAGUACUAAACCCUGUCAACGGAAGAAACGAGUCAAAAGCAAUAAGAGGAAAAGGGGAAAGUUCUCUGAUUCCGGAGUAACCAGUUUAGGAUCCAUUGUGGAAGCUGCUUCCCCAUCAGUACUGGUUGUACAAGACAGUUCUGUGAGAGAUACUUCUUUGAAUCAUUCAGACAAAGCAUAUGCAUCUUGCUGCUCAGAGAAAAUGAUGGGGGUUGGGGAUGUGGUAGCAGAACAUGGCACCUCUUUGCUGGUUAGAGGACAUAUCUCUCUGGGUAAAGCUUCUGGUGAAUUUCCAGAUGAUGAACCUGCAUCUAGGGAACAGGAGAAGAAAGUUGAGAUGGAAAACUUGAAAGUGAUUAAUAAUGAACAGAGUGUUGUGAAUGAUGCCUCUCAGGUUGAUCUCUCGGAAAUUUCUUUUGAACAUGAUAAGAGGGAUAAGGACAAGCCCAAUGUCAUCCAGAAUGCAGUGCUGGAUGUGUCUGCAGAAGAAAUUUUUCAUAAAUCUACAACAUUUUACAAGGACGACGAAGCUUCUGAUGAUGCAUCUGGCAGUGAUCCUUCUGGCAGUGAUCCUUAUGUUGAGAACCUAGAGUAUGACAAUUUGGGUAUACAACCCAAGUUAAAAGAUGCAAUACCUUCAUCAUCACAGUUUGGUACAAUGACAGAUGAUGAUCAUGAUGUUAGCCUAGCUGUUAUUGGAAAGGAAGGGCCUCGACAGAGGUUGCAAUCGUCACUACGAGUUCCUCCUGACAAUUUGAAAAAAAAGCUUCUUGUCCUCGAUGUGAAUGGACUACUUGCUGAUAUUUUUCCAUAUGUAUCUGGAAGACGUAAACCAGACACAGUAAUAUCACAGAAAGCAGUUUUUAAGAGACCCUUUUGUGACGAUUUUCUUCAGUUUUGCUUUGAGAGAUUUUGUGUGGGUGUCUGGUCAUCGAGGACCAAGAAAAAUGUGGAAUCAGUAAUUGGUUUUCUCAUGGGAAAUUUCAAGCACAAUUUACUUUUUUGUUGGAAUCAGUCUCACUGUACACGUACAGGUUUUUAUACUGUUGAGAAUAAAGAAAAGCCCUUGGUUUUAAAGGAAAUUAAAAAAUUAUGGGAAAAGCGUGACCGAAAUCUUCCAUGGAAGAGGGGAGAGUAUAACGAAUCGAACACACUGUUGUUGGAUGAUUCUCCGUAUAAAGCCUUGUGCAACCCUCCGCACACUGCAAUCUUCCCUCAUUCAUACCAGUACAAGAAUGUAAAAGACAAUUCUUUAGGACCCGGUGGUGAUCUUCGGGUUUAUCUGGAAGGAUUAGCCAUGGCUGACAAUGUUCGAAAAUACGUAGAGCUGAAUCCGUUUGGUCAGCGGCCUAUCACAAAGACAAAUUUAUCCUGGGAAUACUAUCUUAAAGUCAUCAGCUCCAUCUCAUCCCCUAAGGAAGAAGAUGCCCAAUGAUUCUUCGGCCUGUCAGAAUACAAAAAUAAUUUUGAGAACUAAAUUUUCCCGAGAGCAACUUCAGCGUAACAUGCUGGUGCACCAACAACAAUCUGGGAAUGCUCGUGGGUGUUCUUGAUAGACAACUGUACGAGGAACCGAGCAUUGUUCUAGGGCAUAAUUCUCUAAUCAGACACUCUCAUGAUCCUGCUGAGCUCUGUUGGUGUAUUUUGGUUUUGAUAUUCUGAGACAAAUUGGUAUUUUUUACCAGAAUCUGAUACAUUUAUUUGAUAAUUGAGUUCAUUUUUUGUAACAUCUAGAGGUUAAGAUUUUGACUAUUAAUGCAGAGAAUUAUAUUUUUAUCUAUUUAUUUA